UUAAUUCAGUCAUUCACGCGUCCGAAUUUACAGCAGCAAUGUCAGCCGUAAAUCAUCGUUCGUUUUGUUUCUUUUGGUUAACAUCCCUUCUCGUUAGCGUUUGCUUAGCUGAUAUCAGCAAAGACAUUUCGGUAAACGCUACUGACGAGUUGGUAGAUGACGAUGAGGAUCCCGCCCGCAAAGCUUUUCGUCUAAAAGACACGUUUAUUGACCUCUGUCAAAAUCUGCCUGGCUGUACUUGCGACGGGAAACACGAGCGAGCCAAUUGCAGUUGCAUCAUUAACGAUCAAGUCAAACUCAAAAAGAUCAAUUUGAAUCAAGUGAAAAUACCGACGACCAUUGUGAAAUUGAACAUCGUUGAUUGUCCGUUUGUCGAUAUCGCCCAAACAAAAUUGGCAGAUUUACCCAUCAAGUCGUUGAAUGUUUUUCGCGUCAAACAUUUGCACAUAGGAUCUGGUUCGCUAAAGCAAGUGGAUUGUCUAAAUUUGGAAAAUAUCGGCAAACUCGACUACGACAAAGACGCUCUGUCUGAAUUAGUAGCCGAUACGGCGACAUUCGUCAACGUCACAUUCCCCGUCGAAGAAGAACUUGUUCCCCUUUCUAUCAAAUCCGAACUGAAAAUCGUUCAGUGUAACUUGACAGAUUUUACGAUAAUAGUAGACUCGCCCCAAACAGACCGGUCCGUCUCCAUAAAUCAUAGCUAUUUGAACCGUCUCAGUUUGAAGAUUAAUGCUGGCUCGUUCACAAUGGAUAGCAACCAGUUUGUCCAGCUCUCGUCAAAAUCAGCCGGACUCAUGGAUAUCAUGUAUUCCCAUUCGAUCGAUUUGAAAAACAAUCAAUUUGGAAUGAACAGCAACAUUUCAAUUCUGCCUGACGUGAUGUCUUCGAAUCAGUCCUUGGUAUUUCAUGCCACUAACUUUACUGCUGUAAGUCAAGAAUGGCUCGGACAUUUCGGACUGAAAUUCAGCGGAGCAACGCAGAGUGGCGUGACCGGAAAGUCUCUGGGUUCGAGCCGAGGAGGUUGUGACGUACAGAAUGCGCCUGACCCUACAAGUAACCGAAUCAUUACGUGUUCAAACGUUAAGAGCCUUGGCGAAUUUCUGAAGACGGAGACAAAAGAUGUGACAGCACAGCCCAGAGUUGACCAUCAACCGGAAAAGCAAAAACAGAUUCAAACACACGAUGACGUCAAAGCAUUGGGCGUGGCAGUGACACACCAUUAUCCAGCCCUGGCGCUAGUCAUUGCAGGUGGGGUUUUGUUACAUUCAUUUGUAUGAAAUCCGAAAUGUUAUGUAAUUUUUCCUAGCAUAUUUAGAAAUACACCAAAAUACGGCCAAA